ACAGUCCCAGACGCUGGGCUGCGGGCGGAGGCGGGCUGGGGGGGGGAGGGAAGCCGCCAGAGGGUUGCCGCUGCCUGCGCUGCGCCCGGGAGCGAAUUGGAAGAAUCCAGGAUGUCAAGGCUUUGAAAAAUAGACAUCUUAUUAGACUACCAUAGUGAAGCUGAAAAGGUAGAUGCAGUUUCAAGUACCAGGCUGAGUGACCUAGUUAAGUGUACAGGUUGUGUACACUAUGUGUAUGUAUAUACCCACAUAUUUCCGUAGCCACACUGACUUGUUCUUGCAUACUCCUGGGAGUUUCGCAACUGCUGAAAAUUAACUUAAGAACCAGAUGGAGCAACUUGACAGCACAGGGAUCAAGAGCCCAUGGAAAGACACCUGCCACUAAUGGUCCGCUUUCCACACGGUCUUCACGGGUGAAAAAGGUUUGCAAGAAGAGGAAGAAAGAACACCGUCUGCCACAGAACAAGUCUCACAAAUACUUCCACAAUCUAAAGGAAUAAUUGACAGAGAGGCAGCGUGGGGAGGAAACUGACUUAGAUAUUGCAAAAGGAACAAUGAACUGUCUUUGGCACAUUUUUUGCAUUGACCUCAGUAUACUGUAAUUGAGUUUAAUGUACUGGACUAAUAAAUAGUGACCAUUUAUUGUGUGGUAAUGACUGGAAGAAAAUAAGUUUAGAAACAAUGGGACAAGUUUGGGCAUUGAACUGACAAAUCUCAUCCUCUGUAUUGAGUUAACUGGGUCAUAGAACAUACUUUGUCCCUUCCUUUUUUUCCCCUCUUUUUACUUAGGAUGGUAUAAACUCAAAUGUUAUUCAUCUAGAACAAUCAGAACUUGACGUAUAUUUCCUUCAUGUACAGCUGCAAAUGUGGUCUUUUGGAACUAUGAAUCUGAGCUCUAGACAAGCCUCAAGAAGGAAGGAGUCCAUCAAACAAGGAAAGAAAAUAUCUAGGGAAAUAGUGAAACUGGGAAGUAAGAUUUCGAGUACUGUUCCUCUUUUUUUAUUUGUUGAUUAUUUUUCUUCUUUCCUCGAAUCCUAGAAGGUUUGCUAAUGAGUGCUUUCUUGACAUGCUUUAAUUUUGGCACUUGUUUUUGCAGCAGGAUGAAAAAAGUCUGAUUCUUUUGUAGCAAGAAAAAGGGAAAAGUAAAAGAAAAACAGCCUGAUGUGCAGUGCUAUUCUGUAGGAGAGAGAAUUUCAUGGUUCACCUGAGGCAAACUUAUCUGCUCUAAAAGCUUUAGAGGAUUUCUGAUUCUGCUAAAUGAAAAGGGGUUUUCUUUUUCAUGCCCGUGUGGCAGCGAGAAGUGGGAAAGCAGGCGAGAUAGCAUGAUAAACAAUUCAGGUUGUGUUGGGUCUCUGGUGGAAAAAAGAGCUGCAAUGAAAAUAGGACUGUCUUUGGAUUGCAAAAACCAUUGAAUCCACCGAGUAGAUUAGUACCAAGAGGGAUUUCCCAUCUGGCCUGGCGCUGUGGUGCCUGCACAAGCUCGGAUCUGUUGUUUCGCACGGUUUGUGUGCCUUUUUUUCCCUUUAUGCAAUCUCUUUCAGCUUUAGCAGCAGAAAUUCGCUUGGCGGAGAAGUUAUGCCAGAGGGCAGCUUGGGAAAGAUGAAUGUCUUAUAUAUCUACAUGUAUAUGUGUGUGCGUGUUUAAAUUUCUGCGACUGAACUUUUGAAGAAAAUCUGACUGGAGGAAAUCUUAAAGCCUUAAGUUACUUGAAAUCUUUACACAUUUGCAACUCUUUGUCUCUGGAAUUGUAUUACGCUAAACUGGAAUCUCAGGCUGUAUAAAGAUAAUAUCAAAUUGAGCAAAAAGACGACUUACCACUUCUUGAGCGCCUCUUAUGAAGUAGCUGUUUCUCCAAAGGAUAAGUGCACCCUCACUCUAAUGACUCAAAGACAAAAGGAAUCUGAUUUUUUUUUAAGUGUUACUUUUUCUUAGCCAGCUGCCAUUGUCUUUUAUAGAAGAAUUUUUCACUAUGCAUUUGGUGGAUAUUUAUAAACACUGAUCCGUGUUCUCCCUUCCAAUGAUCUAUCCCAGGUCAGUCUUAUCAAUAAACAAAAUAAAAAUAAAAUUUUGUGCACUAGACAUAUUACUUUCUUAUGUCAACAAUUAAAGAUAAAAAAAAGCAUGUAUGCAGCGGUGGAACAUGGGCCUGUUCUUUGCAGUGAUUCCAACAUCCUCUGCCUCUCCUGGAAAGGUAGAGUCCCCAAAAGCGAGAAGGAGAAACCAGUGUGCAGGAGGCGGUACUAUGAAGAAGGCUGGCUGGCAACAGGCAAUGGCAGAGGAGUUGUCGGAGUGACUUUCACUUCCAGUCAUUGUCGGAGAGACCGGAACACCCCUCAGAGAAUCAACUUCAAUCUGAGGGGCCACAAUAGCGAGGUUGUACUGGUGAGAUGGAAUGAACCGUUCCAGAAACUGGCAACCUGCGAUGCAGAUGGAGGAAUUUUUGUUUGGAUUCAAUAUGAAGGCAGAUGGUCUGUGGAGCUUGUGAAUGAUCGCGGGGCACAGGUGAGCGACUUUACAUGGAGCCAUGAUGGGACUCAAGCACUCAUCUCCUAUAGGGAUGGAUUUGUGCUGGUUGGUUCAGUCAGUGGACAGAGACAUUGGUCUUCAGAGAUUAACUUGGAGAGUCAGAUCACCUGUGGCAUAUGGACUCCUGAUGAUCAGCAGGUACUGUUUGGCACUGCUGAUGGUCAGGUUAUUGUCAUGGACUGCCAUGGCCGAAUGCUGGCACAUGUUCUCCUCCAUGAGUCAGAUGGCAUCCUCAGUAUGUCUUGGAACUACCCCAGCUUCCUGGUGGAAGACAGCAGUGAAAGUGACACAGAUUCUGAUGACUACUCCCCACCGCAAGAUGGUCCAGCUGCAUAUCCGGUCCCAGUGCAGAACACCAAACCACUACUCACUGUCAGCUUCACGUCAGGAGACAUUAGUUUAAUGAACAACUAUGACGACUUGUCUCCUACUGUCAUCCGCUCAGGGUUGAAAGAUGUGGUGGUGCAGUGGUGUACACAGGGAGACCUGUUGGCUGUAGCAGGCAUGGAAAAGCAAAGUCAGCUAGCUGACCUAGGUAGCAGUGCCAUUCUGAAAAGUGCGCUCGUCAAAUUCUACAAUGUCCGUGGGGAACAUAUCUACACGCUGGAGACUCCUGUGCAGCGUCCCAUAAUCUCCAUUUGCUGGGGCCACAGGGACUCACGCCUGCUCAUGGCUUCCGGCCCUGCACUCUAUGUUGUCAGAGUAGAGCACAGAGUCUCCAGCCUGCAGCUCCUAUGCCAGCAGACCAUCGCUAGCUCUCUGCGGGAUGACAAAGAUAUCAGCAAACUGACUCUGCCUCCUCGGCUCUGCUCAUACCUCACCACUGCCUUUAUACCAACCAUCAAGCCUCCUAUCCCAGACCCCAACAAUAUGAGAGAUUUUGUCAGCUAUCCAACAGCUGGCAAUGAAAGGCUUCACUGCACGAUGAAGCGGACAGAAGAUGAUCCGGAGGUUGGAGGUCCAUGCUACACGCUGUACUUGGAAUACCUAGGAGGACUGGUACCUAUCCUAAAAGGGCGCCGAAUCAGCAAACUGCGGCCAGAAUUUGUCAUCAUGGAUCCUAAAACCGAUGGAAAAGCAGAUGAAAUCUAUGGAAACAGCUUGAUUUCCACUGUGAUUGACAGCUGCAACUGCUCAGACUCCAGCGAUAUUGAACUGAGCGAUGACUGGGCUGCGAAGAAAUCUCCGAAAAUCACUCGAGCUAGCAAAUCACCCAAACUCCCCAGAAUUAAUAUAGAUGCCCGCAAAUCUCCAAAGUUGUCGCGAGCUGCUCAGGAGAUAUCAAGAUCUCCAAGGUUACCAAUAAGAAAACCUUCUAUUGGUUCACCAAGCCUAACUCGACGAGAGUUUCCAUUGGAAGAUAUCACUCAGCACAACUAUCUUGCUCAGGUCACGUCUAAUAUCUGGGGAACCAAAUUUAAGAUUGUGGGUUUGGCUGCUUUCCUACCAACUAACCUUGGUGCAGUGAUUUAUAAAACCAGUUUGCUGCAUCUCCAACCCAGACAGAUGACUAUUUAUCUCCCUGAAGUGCGUAAGAUUUCCAUGGACUACAUUAACCUGCCUGUCUUCAACCCCAAUGUUUUCAGUGAAGAUGAAGAUGAUUUACCAGUAACUGGAGCAUCUGGAGUCCCUGAGAACAACCCCCCCUGCACUGUCAAUAUCCCUAUUGCUCCUAUUCACAGCUCAGCGCAAGCUAUGUCACCGACUCAGAGUAUAGGACUGGUUCAGUCCUUGUUGGCCAAUCAGAACGUGCAGUUGGAUGUCUUGACCAAUCAGACAACAGCAGUGGGGACGACAGAGCACGCAGGUGAUAGCGCAGUGCAGUACCCAGUCUCAAGCAGGUACUCCAACCCAGGACAAGUGAUUUUUGGAGGAGUGGAAAUGGGGCGCAUCAUCCAGGCACCGCCUCAGUUAUCCCUGCAACCGCAGGGUGCAAUACAGAUGGCAAUAAUGGAUCACAGAGAAGGAGACAGAGACCAUGAACAUCACCAAAAGGUAAAAACUUUACGGCCAGUGCAGCAGCUGGCAGAAGGGGACGCUGUUGUCUUCAGCACUGCACAAGAAAUACAACUGAACAAAAUGAACCCACCCCCUCCUUACCCUGGAACCAUACCAGCCGCUCCCACUGGACCGCCGCCUCCCCCGCCUGUCCCGCCCCAGCCACCUUUGGAUCUCUGUCUGAAAAAGGCAGACUUUUCUCUUUAUCCAGCAGGACAUUAUCAGACCCCUCUUGGCUACGAGCGAAUAACGACCUUUGAUAGCAGUGGGAACGUUGAAGAGGUGUGCCGGCCUCGAACGAGGAUGCUGAAUACUUAUACCCUGCCGGGUCCCGGCAGCUCUGCCACUUUAAGGAUUACAGCAGCAGAGAAGAAAAUCCAGCAGCCCUGUUCCAGUGCUACCCUGAAUAGGCUGACAGUUCCUCGUUAUUCUAUACCGACUGGGGAUCCACCACCUUACCCAGAAAUUGCCAGCCAGCUGUCACAGGGCCGUAGCAUCACACAGAGGCUGGACAGUAGUAUUAUCCAUGCUACUCUGCGGAGGAACAGCAGAGAGGCAGCUCUGAAAAUGGCUCAGUUGGUCGACAGCCAAAGAGCCACUUUACAACAUCCAUCAAAACCUAAGAGCAAUGUUGUGACAGCACAGUACCAGCAGAGGGCACCGACAGCUUUAUACACCUGUAGUCAAUGCAGCAGCAGUAAUAGCAACCCGAGUAGCAGCGGUGGCGGGAACAUCAGUAAUUCCAAUGCUAGUAACAGCACUUCCAGUAUUAGCAGUAUGAGGCCUGACGUAACCACUGGGAGCAGUUCCCAGCACAGUUCUGUCAUUGCUCACUCAGUCAGUACUUCGCCCUUGGCCUCCCAGUCCUCAUACAAUUUGCUGAGCCCACCUGAUAACUCUCGUGAUCGGACAGAUUAUAUCAACUCUGCCUUCACAGAAGAUGAGGUACUUUCUCAGCACUGUCCAGUGGAGAAAUCGAUAAGGCACAUGCCUGUAGCCUUGACAGAGGCUACUGUUGGUGGGAAGCAGCCACCCCCAUACCAGUGGGACCCUGUGGUGAGUGAGGAGAUAUGGGUUCCUCAGGAAAGGACAGCUCAAAGUUCAGUGCCCAAUCCUCUCAAACCUGCUCCUCUAAUUGGUCAAGCUCAGCAUCUUGAUAUGUCUCGAGUGCCAUUUGUUUCCCCCAAAUCUCCAACUAGUCCCCCUGCCACUUUCCAGAUGAGUUAUGGGGUUGCAGUACCUUAUCCAGGAAGCUACAGUGCCCCUCCUCUGCAGGGAAUGCAGGCCCCCUGCUCCCCCAAAGAUGCUCUGGCCCCAACACAGUUUGCACAACAGGAGCCAACUGUAGUACUUCAGCCAGGUUAUCCAUCUAACCUCUCCUAUUGCCCCUUGCCACCCAUGUAUCCAGGAAGUAGCACUUGCUCUAGUUUACAGCUGCCACCAAUAGCCUUGCACCCAUGGAAUUCCUACAGUGCAUGCCCGCCUGUACAGAAUUCUCAAGGCACUUUGCCCCCCAAGCCACUUCUAGUGGUGGAGAAACCAGUUAUGUCUCCACCGCCAGCAGAGCUUCAGGGUCACGUGGGCACAGAAGUAAUGGUGGAGACAGCAGACACCUUCCAGGAGGUUCUCUCCCUCACAGAAAGUCCCAUUCCUCAACGGACAGACAAGUUUGGGAAGAAGAACCGGAAGCGCCUGGAUAGUCGAGCUGAGGAAGGAAAUGUGCAGGCUAUCACAGAGGGCAAGGUCAAAAAGGAGGCAAGGACACUGACUGACUUCAACUCCCUAAUAUCCAGCCCUAGGCUAGGAAGGGAGAAGAAGAAAGUCAAGAGCCAGAAGGACCAGCUGAAGUCAAAGAAGCUGAACAAGACGAAUGAGUUUCAGGACAGUUCAGAGAGUGAGCCAGAACUUUUUAUUAGUGGGGAUGAACUGAUGAACCAGAGCCAAGGAAGCAAAAAGGGGUGGAAAACCAAAAGGAAUUUGAGGACAGCCAGUGAGCUGGAUGAGUUCAAGUGCCGGAAGGCCAACGAAAAGGAGGAUGGGAGGCUAGGAAGCCAGGGCUUUGUGUAUGUGAUGGCCAACAAGCAGCCCUUGUGGAACGAGGCGACACAAGUGUAUCAGCUGGACUUUGGAGGACGGGUGACCCAGGAGUCUGCAAAAAACUUCCAGAUUGAGCUGGAAGGACGACAGGUAAUGCAGUUUGGAAGGAUUGACGGCAACGCUUACAUUUUGGACUUUCAGUAUCCGUUUUCUGCAGUGCAGGCCUUUGCAGUUGCUCUGGCUAACGUGACUCAACGCCUCAAAUGAAAAGAGCAGAGACUGGAGAGAGAAAACCCUUCUCCUAAUGUCCGAACUGGAAAAUGUCAGGGCGGCCUGUUUUAGGUGCAUGAAGGCGCCGGGGAGUGAAGAAGGCAGUAAAACUGGAAAAAUCUCUUGGUGCCCAAAAGAGGGCAUUAACUUUAGUCAUAAUUGCAGUGGGGGAGCUGUUUGUUUGGGUUGUGUUUUUUUUUUUUUUUUUUAACAUCGUGUUGGGGUUUCAGAAAGAGCAUCAGGUGAGAGCCAUUCAGUGUUAUGUUGGGAAAUGUGGCUUUUGGCUUGUUGUGGUGGUUCUGCUGUGUUUGCUGCAGUAGCUGACGUAAGCUCGUAGGGGGGUAAAAAAGACUGCUCUCUUUGAUAGACUGCCGUAUAUCAUGCUGUUCUUUUUAAAACAGGGAACAUGACCUUUUUUUCUAGUCCAGUUUGUACUCCUACAUCAGUGAUAGCAGGAAAAAAACAAAAAAAGCUAUAAUACUUGAAGACACAUGUUUCUUCUCUGAUCAUAGCUGAGCACUGCAGGUACCCAGGAGGUUUAUGAAGGUCAAUAUUUAAUUUAUAAAUACUUAUGUAUUAUUCAGAAGAGAAGCAAAACUGUUACCAUUAGAUGGUUUCAAAACACAUUUCAUCGAAGAAGUUGGGUGUCUGCUUUUUGUGUGCUGUUACCUGGGAUAAAUAUAUUUCACUAGAUGAUGGAGAACAGUGGAGGGAGGAGUUGUGAGAGGUGCAUACAUAAGUGUAUAGGUAAGCAGUAUUCUCUGACUUGUACUACAUGUGUGUAGUACAUAAUGCAGCCUGGCGUAGCACAUGGGCAAGGGCUAAACCUCUUCACUAAAAGAUCUUUACAUGUUAAGAACAGAAUUGUUCAAAUACAUAAAAUGGGCCCAGUGAGUAAAAUUCUUCUAAAUCCAUGGUGAAUCGGAGCAUUGCAUUAAUUGGGAAAGAGAAAGGCGUGUGUUGACAGUAGGGGAUUUCUCAUCACUGCCGGUUGGAAAAAAGGGAGAAAAGGAAGGAAAUAUUGGAGAGUACCGCCCCUUUCACCCACCUCCUAUUUGAGUACAGCAUUAUAGGCUGUCAUUUGAAUGGUUAACAGUCCAAAAAAAGAAUGGGAAGCCAAAAUGUAUAUAGCUGGUUAUGGCUUUUUAAUCACCUAUAUACAGUAACAAGACUGUUUCUAACUGCAAAUCUGUCUUAUAUAAGUCAAAGCCUGUGUUAGGUGUUUCAAUGGAUAGAGAGAGAUUCUGUUAUUGCUCUAGUGCUCUCUCUCUCUCACAUGCACACACAUUUCUCUGUUGAAUACAGUUUGAUUUGGAAAUGCUUCCCCAGUAACACAUGAAAAUCCUGAUCAUUCAUUAAAUUAAAUUCACAGUAGGUUGCAAAAUGUAACUGUCGAUUUCCUUUAAAAAUACUCUUUCAAAUCAGGACACAUUUAGAAAGAUGGGGUGGUGGCUGGUUUAUCUCUGUCUGUAAGCCUCAGUUUUACUCCUUACUAGGAAACCCUUCAUAACUUGGUUUAAAACACAAACCAUACAUCAUGGGAGUAAAAUACAUCACUGUGAUUGUUUGAAAUGUCUGUAAAGGUAGGCUAGACUAAGUAGGCUUGAUUCAUUGCAGGGAACCCAUCGGGGGUACAGGACCCCCAGUGGAGGAAGGGAUGCAGCAGCUCCCUGGCUCCAACCUUCACUAGGGACUCUGAAGCCAGACAACAGAGGGUAGGUAAUGCUGGCCAGAGACAGGUUUUGACAAGAAUAUCUAGGGAUGUGCUGAUUCAGAUGAUCUCCCAGGCAACCUCCACCAGUGUGGCCCCAGAAAGACCCACCUGCAAGAUAAUACCGUCCUUCUGUUAUGGAGCCCCUGGGGAGGAUGGUGGUAUAAUCCCUGUAUCAUCUUGGGGCUCAGCAGUCUCUGCUUGCACAUGAGAGUGGAUCAAGCCCAAUAUUUCCCUUGGCAUUAACUCUUCUAUUUGCUUUUAUAUAUUCACUUUUGUUGAAACUCCAUCAAUUAGGUGUAUGUCUUUCUGUUACAGAGGAACCACAUCUCCACAGUUAUUUAGUAGCUGAUUUUAGUGACAGCUUCUGGAGUGUGUGUGUGGAGGAGGAGGUAGACAGAGAUCAAAUGGGCUUGGUCCUGCUGACUUUGAAAUCAGUGGGAGUUUGCCAUCGACUUCAGUGGGAGCGAGAUUGGGCCGAAAGUGCAGAAUUACGUGCUGUUUAGGCAACAGACUUAUUCCUUACACACAUGAUUUCAAUGGCACUACCCAUAUGAGUGAGGAUUGCGAGUCUUGACCCAAUGGUGCUUCUGAAGAGAUCCUAAUAGCUCUAAUUAAUCCCAUAAGCAACUCAUAAGCAGUACUGAAAUAUUGAGAAGUGUGCACUGAACACGUUGAGGCCAAAAGCAUAUUGAUUCAUUUCUUCUUUUAAGAGGACAGGUAUUCUGUUGCUUUAGAGAAAUAAUCCUCUUAAAGAGACAUUGUCAACUAGUUUUAGGCCAAGAAUGCAGAUUUAAUGGAAUUAAGUAUGUUUGCGCAUGUGUGUGCUCAACAUACCUCAUCUAAAGAGAACUGUUUUCAUACUGCUGUUUUCUUUAACUUUCCAGGCAAAGAUUUGUCAUCUUUUCUUUUUUAACAUUCCCCUGCAGUAUUAUGAACCAAAUUAACAGCAGCAAUGUGCAAAUGCAGGAAAACCAGAAAGCAAAAGUGGCGAAAACUUAAGUGAAACCUGCCAGUCUAGUUUUCUUAUCCAGAAUCCAUUGGUAUUUGGUUCUGGUAGCACACACAGUGUCUUGGAGCUUUCCAGAUAUAGAAGAAGGCCUUGUUCCCACCUCACAGAAGCACAAAAACAAACAACACAAAUGGUGAAAAUGGUGAUUUCUGACUUUCAUUGUUUUUAUGUUAUAAGGUACAGAGUUUUUCUUCUGUAAGUAUGUUGACAGUGUCCCUUUAAGGCAACAAUUUAAUGGCAUAAAGACUACCUACAGUUAGGGACAGAUUUUGCCCUCAAUUAAGUAUACACAAUUCCUGCUGAAGUCAAUUGAGGUGUGUGUGUGUGUGUGUGUGUGUGUGUGUGUGUGUGUGUGUGUGUGUGUGUGUGUGUGUGUGUGUGUGUGAGUGUACAAUUGGGUCCUAAAUUAUGAAGACAGCAGGUCACAAUGAUCAUUGUCUUUUUUGUUUCUUUGUAUGUUGAGAGAAAAUUUAAGAAACAACUUUAAAAGCUCUCCAAACUAAUACUUCCACUAGGAUGAUUUUAAUCAUGAAGAUUGCUGUUGCAUUCAAGCCAAAACACUAAUUUUACAUUUUAUAUUUAAGUGUUGCAACCUAGUUUUUGUGUAGACAAUUGUAAGUUCUUCUAGGAAGAAAAUAGCAACAUGUUCUGAAUUACCUAAUUCUUUUAUACAUACAGUAGUUUCCAGUAGUUCAAUAUGGUUUUCAAAAGCUUUGGUUUUUAGUUGUGCAAUAAUUGUUAAGCCAAAGGGCUUACGGUUUGUUUUUGAGGGGUUGCGUUAUUUUUUAAAGAUAAUUUAAUGCAAAUUUCCUGUUAAUGUCUGAGUCAAAUUAUUUAUCUUGCUUAAUGUAAUAAGUGAUUUAGGGAUUAUUUUAUUACUAUGUACCAGUGAGUAAGUACACACUUUCUUAUUUAUAUGAAAAGAGGAUCUUUGUAAUUAAUUGUUUGCCAGCAAUAUGUUUUGCUGCAAGAAAUUGUUUAAGAAUGUGUAUAGGACAACUUUUUUUGCUGGACAGUAUUCAACAUUUUAUAAUGUAGGGAAGAAUCUUGUUUAUCAGGCAGUUGGAAAAAGCAGAUAUGCUAUUGGGGAUUCUGUAGACUACAUACAGUGUAGAUUUUUUGGGGGGACCUGCAGAAAUCUGUCCUCUAUACUGUGUAUUUUCCCAUUGUGUUUUAACUGGCUUUUUCAGUCACGGAGAUGGUUUAAAAAACACAAAUCAUGAUUUGCUUUAUCUUUUCUUAGAGCUAGCUUUGAUUUUGUGGUACAGAAUAGAGGCGGGUUCAUGUAUAAAAUAAGUGUUUUAUAUUUGGCUCACUUUGGGUGACAUUCAUCUCAGUGCCAAGGGCUAGUACACAGCCUGUGCAUCACUGAAAUCCUAUUUAAGGGGCGAGAUUGCCUGUUGUGCUCAAGCUCCGCUCCUGUUACAGCUCCCUGAUUCUGAGGCUAAUCUGAGCUGACCCCAGCCCUGGGAAUGCUUAGAGUAGCUGAGAAGCUUUAAUUGGCCCUACAGUGGAGGCUAGGGAGAGCGGAGGACCUUUACACCAGCAGUGACUUCCCCUAUGCCAGGGGAUUUCCCUGCUGGCUGAUUUGCAGCCAGAAUCGAUCCCCAUUGCACUGCCUGAGUGGCGCAAAGAGGCCAGAUUUAAUUUGACAGUCUGGCUCUAGCCCUCAAAAUGUGGUGUAAGUGGGUCCAAAAAAUAAUACACAGACCUUGUCGGCCCUCUACAGAGGAGUGAAUUUCAUCCUGAGAACCACUGGUACUUUUCAGCAAUAGUACUAUGGUUCUAAAAUAGCAGAAAUAAAUAGGAGAGGGAGAUGAAAGUAGCAUAAAGGAAAAUUACUGAGUCAAGUUAAUAGUUUUACAUUCAUUCCCAGAGCAGACAAUGGCAAUUUCCAUGUGCAGUCAGAAUGAUCUUGCGUAUUAGUAGCUGUACAGUAAAUUUGCACUAGGGGAUACCUCAAAUAGGUAAACUCUGUCUUAAGCAACCUCUUUGAAGUAUCCCCAAGGUUUACAGUCCACUUCUGUUCCAUGUUUCAGUGAAGAUUCACUGCCACUAUGAGGCAAUCAGAUUUUGCUUGCGCUUUGAGUUGUUGCUUCAGAUAAUUUGAGUGCAGUUAUUUCUGAAGCCUGUUUUUUGUGGCUAUGUUACAUCUGGGCACCAAAUGAGCACUUAGCAACUGUGUAAAUCUUCAUAUGAAGAGGUGAACAUGGUGGAGGAGGAGCAGCUUUGACAAAAAAGAAAGAAAAAUUUGGCUUCUGCUAGCUUGAAAGAUGGUGUUUGCCAGAGCAGUAGUUAGUUGUACUAUAAUAAAAGCAGCUAUUUCUGCAGGGCACAAACUACUCUACACUGGCAACCUAGUGCUAGGUUGCCAACACAAGAGUCCUAUUCACUUUAGUACAAUCCUGUAUGGGCACAAGGGUCUUCACGCAUGAAUCCUUCUCCGGGAUCAGGGCUUAAGGCUGUUGCUACAUGUAUCGUGCUGGAGUGAAUUAAGCUAUAUUACCAUCUCCCAGGAAUGGUCUCAAAAGGGAAUCGUUUUAAGAUUACAUUUUUUCAAGUGUGCACUAAUACACAGUCACACACAGAAACUUUAAGGAUUAAAAAAUCCAACCCAGCACUGAGCAUUGCAUGUUGAGAAAGAAGUUUUAGGAAAGAAUUGCUUUGGGGUUUUGACUGUUUUAGGCUGUAUCUGUGCAAAUAGGAAAAUAUAGCAAGAGCAGUUAAAGUAAGAAGACAAAGGAGGAGUCACUGAAGCAAUUGUUGUUAUUAAAAUUAAAAAACAACAACUCUAGGCCCAUAAUUCCGCAAAUGUGUCCAUGCAGUCAGGCUCCUCUACUAUACAGAUUGACUUGAAUUGGACUCUGCAAGGGUGUCUCCACACAGAUAAAAUUGAAUAAUUGGGACUAUAAUGACUUUGCGGGAUGAAAGACAACCCCAAACUACUUCUCUCUCCAAAAUGUGCACAGAAAUAUUGGAUUCAUAAUGGUAGAUGGAUGUAAAGGCUCUGUAAAUGUUCCUAAUUGUUCCCCUCCAAUUUACACUAACUCCAAAUUUAAAAAUAAAAUCGGAUACAGGAGUUUUGGAUAGUGACAAUGCUGUCUGUCUGAAUAUUUAUUUUGUUGGCUAGAUAACUGAUUGUGAAAAGAUGGCCAGAUUAACAUUGGUUCAAAUAAUAAAAGUGUUAAGAUGAAAAAUAAUAAUAAAACUGAGAGAAACGUUUUUGUAUAAUGUUAGCAGAUAAUUGCGUUUUCAAUAUUUCAUCAAAAUAGUGCUCAGCAUAGUUCGCAUCAAUCUAUUAUUUCUGGUUCCUUGUUGAUAAGAUUUGUAAUUUUUCUUUCUUUUCUUUUGUUAGCUUGGUCUCUGUUUUGCCUUUUGCUUCCUAUUCUUUUUUUCUCUUACUGUGUUUUUCUCUUUUCUUUGUGGGUGCGUAUGUGUGUGUUGGGGGGAUGGUGUUUAAGAUCUUGUUUGUUGUAGAUACAAAAUAUGUAGUGUUGUUGAAUCACAUGGGGAUGCAUUUGAUUGAAAAAAGGCACGGUAGUAUUUCCUGAAAAAGAUUUUUUUUGCAUUUGUUUAUAAAUACAUUAUUUUGGUACUGUAACUUUGGACAUUUUUUCUGAAUCUAUUACUACUGUUUUUGGCUUUAUUUUUUUUAAACAAGUGUGCAGUCAUGCAGGUGCCGAGAUCCCUAGCCAAAUGACCCAGCAUGUUCUUUUCAAGCCUUCGGGGAAAUUGGUACACUGCUGCGUACUAUUACAUAGGUACACUAUUUUAAAAACAUAUUUCUGGAAAUGUUUUUUUUUAAAUAUGACAUUCUGAACCAGGUUUUCAUUGUAAUUAUAGACUUACCCUGAUCUGCCUCUCCUUUUAUGUAUCUUGUGUAAUAGAGUGUACGGGUGGUACCUAGAAAGCAUUAAUGGUUCCCCUUUAAUAAUGUGGUUUGUCCAAAUUCUUUACUGUCUACAUGAUUAAGAGAUGGACUGAUAGCCCUAUUUUUCCUUGAUGAUUUGGAGUUGUAAGAGUUGUCCAGCUGUUGCUUAAUAAAAUUUUGCAGACUAGAAAA